AUGACAAACAAGCAAACUGAUACAUUGAAUAAUCUGACAUUGAAAUUAUGCACUGUUACACCUAAUGUAAUGCUGUAUAUUUCCACAGGCUCCAUCACGGCGUGUCUGUACGGCGCUUACAAAUCUCCUGACGAGCCACGAGCCAAUACGAGCGCACACGAUAGAGUAUACUACAACAAUAACACUGGUAUCACCUUGCUGGCCUCUGGUAGCUACAGCGUUGGAAAUACAUCUCUAACACAGGAGGCUGAUUCUCUUCCUCCGACCUCGCCGACUUAUACUGACCUGCUGGCAGAUAACAUAAGCUCGUGGCGUUCCGUUGAUCGCAUUGGAGCUACUUCAGCCACCAAAAAGGCCGCACAAAUAGAGACAUCUACGUGCGCUUCAGAGAACCAAGAGGGAAUGUGCUUAAUGAACGAGGAUAUCUUCUCCAAUGAAUUUGCUGGACUCUACCAGAAGAUCUACAUCUCGUUUUACAUCAUCUCCCUGUUGGCGGUGUUCACGUUAUAUUUCUUCAUCUACAGAUCAGUCGCUGAAAGACGAGCUUGGAGGAGAAAGCAGAAAUCCUGGUCCCACUCGCCAAUGACGAUGACCGCUGGAGUUACAGAUGUGGAUGAUAUCAACAAAGGGGAAGAUAUCUACACGGGAGAGAGAGAUAAUCUAGAGUUAUCUCCCCAGAAUAACUCCUCACACAUUUCGCCAUCGAACAGCAAAGAAAGCGGAAGUGGCGACUCCGCGGAAACAAGAAUUGAAAGUGGGAAUUCUAUAUCCACUACAAAAACCAACAUAGCGUCACUCCCAAGUAACUGUUCCCAUGAGAACGGUAUCAGCAACACUAUGCUGAGCCCCUCCGCCGAAAAGAAAACAAACCGAGAGCGGCGCGAUUUUAACUUCCUGGCCAACAUUAGAACAGCCCUGAUGCUGUUUGUGGUGACUUUAGUCUUCAUAAUCAGCUUCCUCCCUGCCUGGUUGAUGGCGACGGAGAUUAUCAGUUACGAGAUUAUCAUUUUCUACACACAUUUUGUGUACAACGUGGCCAACCCGGUUAUUUAUGCCUUUAUGAACCAGUCGUUCCGGAAGGAGCUGAAACGCGUGUUCCAAAGAGGUACUCAUUUUUUCCGACAUGGAUAG